CUAAUUUUUACCACACCCUGUUUGUAGCAGAGGCUAUGCAGAAGCUGAACCAAUAUUAGCGUCUGUUAUUUUGGAUGUUAUCUGCACAAGGAGCCAAGAUAGGGCUUCGAUUUGUUUUUAACUUGAAAGAGGGGUUCUUUCCGGGGCCCGUGACGCCGGUAUCUUAUUAAGACUGGGGCAGGAACUCCGUAAAACCGGCCUGACUCACUGACCGUGAGCGUCAGGUCUAUCCAAGAUGGCGUGCUGUCUGAGCGCUGAACAACAGGAACAAAAACGCAUCAAUCAGGAGAUCGAACGACAACUGCGCAAAGACAAAAGGGAUGCUAGAAGAGAACUUAAACUUCUAUUGCUUGGGACUGGAGAGAGUGGCAAAAGCACAUUUAUCAAACAAAUGAGAAUUAUUCAUGGUUCUGGGUACUCAGAAGAUGACAAGAGAAGUUUCAUCAAGAUUGUCUACCAGAACAUCUUUAUGGCAAUGAAUGCUAUGAUAAGAGCAAUGGAUACGCUGAAAAUCAGCUACAAGGACCCGAAUAAUGAGGUAACAUAUUAUGUAAACUGCAGUUUACUUUGUGUACUAGUGUUGACUUUGUUUACACUUUGUGUCUGUAGCUGUUUAUGUUGAUAUCAUCAAUAUCAG